CUUUAGAUAAGUUCCAAAGAGAGAAGAUAAAGAAAAAGUCCAUACGAUUGAUUCUUGCCUGUUGUUAAGGAGAGCAGAGAGAAAAAUCAAAGAUGGAUGCGAUAGUGCAGAUGCCUUACGAUGCUACGGUACGGCUGAUGCUGGGUUCGCUAGAGCGCAACCUCUUGCCGGACACUGUUGUACGGAGACUGACACGACUGCUCUUGGCCGGCCGACUUCGCUCCGGUUACAAGCCAUCCUCUGAGCUUCAGCUCUCUGACCUUAUCCAAUUUGUGAACUCUUUAAGAGAGAUGCCUAUAGCUGUGAUGACUGAGAAGCCAAAGUCCCAACAUUAUGAGCUUCCUACCUCUUUCUUCAAGAUUGUUCUUGGAAAACACCUCAAAUACAGUUGUUGUUACUUCAAAGACAAGUUGAGCACUUUAGAGGAUGCUGAAAAAGCAAUGAUGGAAUUAUAUUGUGAAAGGUCACAGUUGAAAGAUGGACACACUGUACUUGAUGUUGGAUGUGGUUGGGGCUCCCUUUCUCUAUACAUAGCACAAAAAUAUAGUGCCUGUAAAAUUACUGGGAUUUGUAAUUCAGUCACCCAAAAAGCACACAUAGAAGAGCAGUGCCGGGAGCAUCAGCUGGAAAAUUUGGAGAUCAUAGUUGCAGAUAUUAGCACAUUUGAGAUGGAAGGAUCCUAUGAUAGAAUAUUGUCUAUUGAAAUGUUUGAGCAUAUGAAGAACUACGGAGAUCUCCUGAAGAAGAUCUCAAGAUGGAUGAAGGCAGAUAGUCUUCUUUUUGUUCAUCAUUUUUGCCACAAGGCAUUUGCUUACCACUUUGAGGAUGUGAAUGAUGAUGAUUGGAUCACUAGGUACUUCUUCAGUGGAGGUACAAUGCCUUCUGCCAAUCUCCUCCUUUAUUUUCAGGAUGACGUUUCUGUGGUUGAUCAUUGGCUGGUUAAUGGAAAACAUUAUGCACAAACAAGCGAAGAAUGGCUUAAGAGAAUGGAUGGGAACAAGAGUUCCAUAAAGCCAAUAAUGGAGUCAACUUAUGGGAAGAAUUCAGCCAUUAAGUGGACUGUUUACUGGAGAACCUUUUUCCUUUCAGUUGCUGAACUGUUUGCGUACAACAAUGGAGAAGAAUGGAUGGUUGCACAUUUCGUCUUCAAAAAGAAGUGACUUUGCCAAGCUAACUAUACAAGUAAUAAACAUGUCUACAUGCAUUUCACCCAAAAGCAUUAGGACAGAUGACAUGCCGCAUCUUUGCACUAUUACCAGUAAUUAAAGUAGAAUGUGUUGUGUUGCUCUUAAUCAAGUUUUACCCAUCACAUAUUUCCAUUAAUUAACAAAUACUCUUGGUUAA